AUGGCACCCCACGCCGCCAGCAAUGCAGCUCAGAAGUCUGCCGUCGUCGAGGGGACGUUGACGGUUGCCAACGUUGCCGCUAACAGGACUAGGUUUCCUCUCCCAAAGGGUGUCGCCGCAUUCUCCGACAGUAGCAUGUUUAAGAGCGCUGCAUCUGCAUCACAGCCAAAGGCGAAGAGAUGGGAUCACUAUCUGUCUGAAGAGAGUAAGCUGCGGAAGUUCACUGACCAGUUCCCUUCGCAGCCAUCUACCUUGAAGCAAGUGGCCCAGUACCUGAGACCUGGUGGCCUUCCAUCCCAGGAAUACUUCCCAUUCCACGAGAUCUCGUGUAAAGCUCCUGGUCCAAGCCAGUUUGCCGAUCCUGCCCCUGCGAACCCCGAGUGCGUUUUUGCCUCUACAAAACAUGACGUUGCCGACGGUACAAGUGAUUUCGACCUCGAAGUUGCGCUCAAUUACGGCCAAUCGGUCGGAUACGCCGCUCUUGUUCGAUGGGUGACGGAACAUGUGGAGAUCGUUCAUAAUCCUCCAUACGGUGAUUGGGACAUCACUUUAGCUCCCGGAAGCACCCAGGGAUGGGACUUCGUCUUGCGCAUGCUGUGCAAGCCCGGUGAUAUCGUUCUAACGGAGGAAUACACUUUCUGUUCCGCAAUGGAGGGCGCUGCUGCCCAAGGAGUGAUUCCGUUCCCGGUAAAGGUAGAUGCCGAAGGUCUCCUGGCGACUUCUCUCGAUGAGAUUCUCUCAAACUGGGACCCGGCUGCUCACGGUGGCGCACGCAAGCCAUUCGUCCUCUACACCGUCCCAUCGGGUCAGAACCCAACCGGCGCCACUCAGAGCGCCGAACGACGAAGGGAAGUCUACAAAGUUGCACAGAAACACGAUAUGAUUGUCGUUGAAGAUGAACCGUACUAUUUCUUGCAGAUGGAGCCCUACGCCGGUCUAAACACCCCUACGCCCCCUCCACCAGCCACGACGGAUGAGUUCCUCAAGACCCUGAUACCAUCAUACCUCAGCCUUGAUACCGAUGGCCGCGUUAUCAGAUUGGACUCAUUCUCCAAGGUCCUCUCCCCCGGCUCUCGUGUCUCCUUCCUCGUCUCUUCCGCCCAGUUCACAGAGCGUAUGAUCCGACAGGCAGAAACAUCCACCCAAGCUCCAAGCGGAAUGGCACAGAUCCUCCUUUACAAACUUCUCGACGAGUCAUGGGGCCAUGAGGGAUAUCUCAAAUGGCUAAUCCACAUUCGUAUCGAAUACACCAAGCGAAGAAACUGCAUCAUGGAUGCUUGCGAGGAAUUCCUACCCAAGAGCGUGGCGACCUGCAACCCUCCGACUGCGGGCAUGUUUAACUGGAUGCGGGUUGACUGGAAGAAACACCCUGCCUACCAGCAAGGAAAAGACCAUAAAGCAAUUGAAGAAAUGAUCUUCCUUGCUGCCGUGGAUGCGGGCGUCCUUGUUUCGCGCGGAAGCUGGUUCUUGGCGGACCAAUCGGCCAAGGAAGAGGAUAUGUUCUUCCGAUCUACUUUUGCGGCUGCUCCUGCAGACAUGAUCAGGGAGGCCAUCAAGCGGUUCGGCGAUGUUCUCAAGGCCCAGUUCAACAUUCAGUAA